AUGGGCAUCCUCCGGAGUGCCGCUCUCGUGAUUUUGGGCAUUUCGACCUUUGUUUUCAUCGCACUUUUUGGCAAAUUACCAAUCCUUAGAAAAACCCCAGUCGGCUUUCUCUACCGACUUCUGUGGGUCUAUAUUCCAAAUGGAAUCGACUACAUCGACUCUAGCCUCUUCGGAGGACGAGUGGUCGCGGCCUGGAGUCGCUCUGGGAGCUAUAUGUUGUAUGAAAAUCAUCCAUUAGUUCUGAUCUUUUUUGUGGGACUACUUGCCAUUGGCGAAUGUGUCUUCCUCCCAGUUGCAUGGCCCAGGAUGUCCAGUGUCCACCAUUUUUGGGUCCCGGGAGUCGUCCUUUUGCCGUACUUUCUGCUGUAUAAGUGUGUUGUGACAAAAUCGUUCAUCACCGAGGAGAAUCAUGAUCAAGAGAUGAAGCGAUACCCGUAUGACCGUGUCCUUUUCCACCCAGGGAAUCACUGCCGCACCUGUGAAUUCUUGAAACCUGCACGAAGCAAGCACUGUACGUUCUGCAGAGCUUGUGUUUCUCGACAUGACCACCACUGUGUAUGGCUGAUGAAUUGCGUUGGGGCUCACAACUAUGUUUACUUUCUGUCUUUGCUGCUCUCAUUGUCAAUUUUGUUGAUUUAUGGCGCUUUGCUUGGCCAUUCCCUCCUCUACCAGACCCUUGAGCAAUUGGUGCCAACUCAGCUGCAAGAUAAGAUGAAGGAAUGGUCAAUGUACUUCCACAUCUGGUCGGUUGUGAUCAUUCGUGAUCCACGAAUCGGGACAGUCUCUCUGCUGAUGCUGAUGACAGCUCCUCUGGCAGUUGCCUUCUUAGCAUACCAUACAUAUCUCAUCUGGGCUGGUACAACUACGAACGAAAGUGCUAAAUGGUCUGACUGGAGUGAAGACGUCGCAGAUGGAUAUUGGAGAGUGAUCAGAUUCUGA